AUGUUGACUGUACAUCAUCUCGAGUGCAGCCAAAGUGAGCGCAUUAUCUGGCUCUGCGAAGAACUUGGGAUCUAUUACGAGUUGAAACGGUACAAUCGAAACCCUGUAUUUGCUCCGCCUGAGCUGAAAGCGCUCACUCCCAUGGGCGGCGCCCCGGUAAUCACGGACUCUACUUUCGAUCCUUCCAACCCCCUUACUUUGGGUGAAAGCGCGGCGAUUGUCGAGUACAUCAUUCAUAAACAUGGAGACGGGCGACUGAUUUUACCUCCGUCUCAUAAAGAUUACACCCAUUACCUUUACUGGUUUCACCAGUCCAACACCAAUUUGCAGGGCGCCAUAUUCAGAGCUCUGCUUGUUGGGCAGUUGAAGUUGGCACCUGAAAACCCCAUACAAAAAAGCGUAAAUGCCAAAGUGAAGGCAGUCUUGAAUAUGCUCAAUGAUCGGCUCAAUCGGGUGACCUGGUUGGCGGGAGACCAGUUUACAGCAGCGGAUAUCAUGACAGUCGUUUCCGUGACGACAAUGAGGCUUUAUUAUCCUAUUGAUCUUACGGGUUACGAAGGUAUCCUUUCAUGGUUACAGCGUGUUGGAGAUCGCCCAGCUUACAAGUCUGCUAUGCAAAAAGGCGACCCAGAAAUGGCUCCUUGUUUAGGAGCCGCAACACCAGACCUAUUCCCGGCGUGGGCUGCUAUAGUGCAGUAA